AUGAGGACUACAGACAUCAGGGACAACAUGGAGCACUACAGACAUCAGGGACAACAUGGAACACUACAGACAUCAGGGACAACAUGGAGGACUACAGACAUCAGGGACAACAUGGAGCACUACAGACAUCAGGGACAACAUGAGGACUACAGACAUCAGGGACAACACAGACAUCAGGGACAACAUGAGGACUACAGACAUCAGGGACAACAUGGAGGACUACAGACAUCAGGGACAACAUGGAGGACUACAGACAUCAGGGACAACAUGGAGCACUACAGACAUCAGGGACAACAUGAGGACUACAGACAUCAGGGACAACAUGAGGACUACAGACAUCAGGGACAACAUGGAACACUACAGACAUCAGGGACAACAUGGAGGACUACAGACAUCAGGGACAACAUGAGGACUACAGACAUCAGGGACAACAUGAGGACUACAGACAUCAGGGACAACAUGGAGGACUACAGACAUCAGGGACAACAUGAGGACUACAGACAUCAGGGACAACAUGGAGGACUACAGACAUCAGGGACAACAUGA